UGGGGAGAUUGUGAUGAGUGCCGACGCUGAAGCUGAGGCUGAAGCCUUUAAUGAUUUCCUGACCGUCCUCCUGGAGGAGAUAAGCGAUGAGAUCAACCUGCCUCUGGAAGAAGUUAAGGCUAAAGCUGUUAUUGAAGGUGAAGCUGAAGUUGAGGCAGAAGGUGAAGUUGAAGCUGAAAUUGAGGCUGAAAGUGAAGCUGAAGGUGAAACUAAAGGUGAAGCUGAAGGUGAAGCUAAAGGUGAAGCUGAAGGAGUUGUUGAAGAAGGAAAGCUGGAUGACACUGAAACAGAGAACAGCACAUGUCUGGAGAGCAAUAAUACAGAGAAGCCUGAAAACACCGGGAAUGGAAAUGAGAAAAAGAAAAGGAGCAGGAGAGGAACACGAGGCAAAGGAAGGAAGAUCAAUUACAAAAAGUUCCAGGACAAUAAAGCAGGACGAUCUGCAGCUGAGGCCGUAGAAAGACCACCAGAAGAUGCAGAAACAGAGAACAGCACACCUCUGGCAGACAAACCGAUGGUGAAGGCGGAUGAAGAAUCUGAGCCUAAAGAGGAAAUCCAACUCCUUGAGACGGAGACCGUUAACGAGCAGCUCCUGAAUGAAGUAAAGGCAAAGAAGAAGGUCAGGAGAGGAACACGAGGAAGAGGGAGAAAAAUCAACUACAAGCAAGUUGAGGACAAAGAAGCUGAACAGAAUGGAGGGAGGAAAGAGCUGACUGACGCCAAAGCAUCAAGAGACCAGCGUGAAUGUCAGACAGAAAGAAAGCCGCAGACACACACACGUGUGUGGACACGCCGUGACCGAGCCUGUGAGUCAGGGUGGAGAGGACCUGCUCACUGCGACCAGAGAGACAGGAGAGUCCCGAGAAGAUCAGCUCAAGAGACGCCAUCACAUGCUGGAGCCUGAUCAAUUAAACACACACACACCACACACCAAGCCCCCAUCCUCUCCUUAAGCCUAACCCUACCACCCCCCUAUUCCCCAAUCCCCCAAAUAAUUAUUAACAUUAUUUUUAAAAAAUGAAUAAAAACCCUUUAUACUUUACACUUUACUUUUGUCUGCUUUCUAUGAGCAGUAAUUAUUUCUGCACAUGCACUGAGUAGUCUAAUAGGCAAGUGUCCAGUUUUAAGCUGAUAUUCCAUGUGUGCAGCUUCACUGUAGACUGUGUGCUGGGUGACUGAGGUCUGAGACGAUUCUGUGAGCUUUUCUCAGGCACUGUAACCGCUACAUGUGCUGUGUGUUUGGGAUUUUGUAGCCUGUGAUGAGUUCUGCUCUUCUCACCAAAUCUCUGGACACCAGGCUGAAGCUGGCACUAAAAUGACACAAACAACUCACAGAACACUGUGCAGAAAAAUGGGGAAUAUAUAUAUAUCUAUAUAUCUGCUCAUUUCAUGUGCCAUCAGAAAUAUGAGAAAUGCAUGUGAAAAUAUAUUUCAAGACAAGUGGGUUUUUAUUGUCAUUCCUCUAUACAGCUUGUACACAUUGUGUGAGACGAGUGCAGGACAAAGAACACACACAACAGCACAAUAAAUACACAGGACUGUAAACUGUACAACCUUGCUGAAUGCCCCUUUCAACCUCUGAGUCUGCUAAAAAAAAAAAAAAAAACAGAAACCCUCAUAGAAUUUGUAAUGGUUUUAAUGGUUUUAAUGGGAAUUGUACUGGUUUUAAUGGAAACUGUAAUGGUCCCUGUGGGUCUCUCUACUGGUAAUCUGUUGCCUUCUAUUGGUGGCAUGUUUUGUCUAGUGGAUACCA